GGCGGGCGCCGCGCGGAGCGGCGAUGGAGCGGGAGGGCGAGGGGCGGGAGCCCGGGAAUUCCCUCCUCCCGGAGUAACAAGUCUGGGGUCGACCGCGCUGCCGUCGCUGCCGCCGGGCGCCGGGACCAGGAGGUGGAAGGAGGGAGAGGGCCCCGUGGGCCUCGCCUCCGCCCGCCGCCGCCUCCCCACCCCCGGAGCCCCAGGAGCCGCGACCCAUGCGAGCACGACCGGAGGGCAGAUUUUAUAAUGGGCUGCAUUAAAAGUAAAGAGAAUAAAAGUCCAGCAAUUAAAUAUAGAACAGAAAACACUCCAGAACCUGUCAAUACAAGUGCAAGCCAUUAUGGGACAGAACACACUCCAGCAACACCAUCAUCUUCAGCAAAGGGAACAUCUGUUAAUUUUAACAGUCUUUCCAUGACACCAUUUGGAGGAUCCUCAGGGGUGACACCUUUUGGAGGAGCAUCUUCCUCAUUCUCAGUGGUGCCAAGUUCAUAUCCUGCUGGUUUAACAGGUGGUGUUACUAUAUUUGUGGCCUUAUAUGAUUAUGAAGCUAGAACUACAGAAGACCUUUCAUUUAAGAAGGGUGAAAGAUUUCAAAUAAUUAACAAUACGGAAGGAGACUGGUGGGAAGCAAGAUCAAUUGCUACAGGAAAGAAUGGCUAUAUUCCUAGCAAUUAUGUAGCCCCUGCAGAUUCCAUUCAGGCAGAAGAAUGGUAUUUUGGCAAAAUGGGGAGAAAAGAUGCUGAAAGAUUACUUCUGAAUCCUGGGAAUCAACGAGGUAUUUUCUUAGUAAGAGAAAGUGAAACUACUAAAGGUGCUUAUUCCCUUUCUAUUCGUGAUUGGGAUGAAGUAAGGGGUGACAAUGUGAAACACUACAAAAUUAGGAAACUUGACAAUGGUGGAUACUAUAUCACAACUAGAGCACAAUUUGAAACUCUGCAGAAGUUGGUUAAACACUACACAGAACAUGCUGAUGGCUUAUGCCAUAAGUUAACAACUGUAUGUCCAACUGUGAAACCCCAGACUCAAGGUCUAGCAAAAGAUGCUUGGGAAAUCCCUCGAGAAUCUUUGCGACUAGAAGUUAAACUAGGACAAGGAUGUUUUGGUGAAGUAUGGAUGGGAACAUGGAAUGGAACCACAAAAGUAGCAAUCAAAACACUAAAACCAGGUACAAUGAUGCCAGAAGCUUUUCUUCAAGAGGCUCAGAUAAUGAAAAAAUUAAGACAUGAUAAACUUGUUCCACUAUAUGCUGUUGUUUCUGAAGAGCCAAUUUAUAUUGUCACUGAAUUUAUGUCAAAAGGGAGCUUAUUAGAUUUUCUGAAGGAAGGAGAUGGAAAAUAUUUGAAGCUCCCACAAUUGGUUGAUAUGGCUGCUCAGAUUGCUGAUGGUAUGGCAUAUAUUGAAAGAAUGAACUAUAUUCACCGAGAUCUUCGGGCUGCUAAUAUUCUUGUAGGAGAAAAUCUUGUGUGCAAAAUAGCAGAUUUUGGUUUAGCAAGGUUAAUCGAAGACAAUGAAUAUACAGCAAGACAAGGUGCAAAAUUUCCAAUCAAAUGGACAGCUCCUGAGGCUGCACUAUAUGGUCGAUUUACAAUAAAGUCUGAUGUGUGGUCAUUUGGAAUUCUACAGACAGAACUGGUAACAAAGGGCAGAGUGCCAUAUCCAGGUAUGGUAAACCGUGAAGUGCUGGAACAGGUGGAACGAGGAUAUAGGAUGCCUUGCCCUCAGGGCUGUCCAGAAUCUCUACAUGAUUUAAUGAAUCUUUGUUGGAAGAAGGACCCUGAUGAAAGGCCAACAUUUGAAUAUAUCCAAUCCUUCUUGGAGGACUACUUCACUGCUACCGAGCCACAGUACCAGCCAGGAGAAAAUUUAUAAUCCAAGUAGCCUAUUUUAUAUGCACAAACCUGCCAGAAUGUAAAAAAUUUACGUAGACUUCCUCAUAUACAGGAAUCAAAAGAAGAAAAUCUUCUUCACUCCGCAUGUUUUUAAUGGUAAACUGGAAUUCCAGCUAUGGUUACGCAAAACCACUUCUUUGUGUUCCAAAUGUUAAACUCUAAAGUACCAGUGAUGAAUUUUUCAACUUAAUUCAGGGUCCAAAGAAAGUAUAGCUAAGAUAUUGAUGACAGUGUGAGUGAUAGCACGGCAAUGAAAAGCAACAAGGCUACUGUUCAUAAGUCACUUCCUUUCUUAUUCCCCAAAUUCAGAAUUUUUAAGAGAAAAUUAUUUAUCAUUAUAGAUAAAACUU